UACACCGAGACAGGGUCUUCCACCUACCAGCACCAUCUGCCGAGAAGCACAGAGGAUGCCAACACACUGCUAGGAUACUGCCUCUACUCACUGAAGCAGAAUCCUCGGAGGAGUUGCUGAGGCAGAACUGAAAUCAUGGCUCGCCUCAGAGAAGCAGCCGCGUUGGCCGCUAAUGAUGCCUCACCCAGAAAGACGAUGCUCCUUUAACUCCAGGCUUUUAAUGGGAAGUUUCUAAGCCUGAAACAACAGCUUUAGAUCUGGGGUGUGCCGCCAGCUGCGUGCGGCUCCCACUGUCUCCUGCUCUAACACAGCCGGGUCGGGAGAAUGGAAACUAAAGAAGCUUGUAACUACCUGUAACUGUUCCACCAGGAAAUGGAUCAAGUGUUUGUUCAGCCAGACUCAGGAUCGCAACUCAGCAACUCAUAAUGAUAGUGCUGACUGUCCCCCGUGUCCCCGGGCGAUGAGCAGUGUGCCGCCUUAGCCCUGCGAGUAUCCGCAGGCACUCCUUCUCACUUGGAAACCCGGACCCUGAAGUUUGAAUCCAGUUCCCUGGACUGAAAGGGGCUAGAGAUUUGAGUCAGCCUCUGUUGAAAGAGGCAAAGAUCCCAGAACAGCAAGAAUUCCUCAAGGAGCCUGCUUUUGACUGAGGGGAAGGAGAUGAACCCCGUGGAGACCUGUCCUGUAACAGGUGCUGCCGCAGAGACGCAGAGAACUCAGCCUCUCCCAGGUGCAAACACCAUGAUCUCAGCAGACUGACGAUGGAAGGAGAGGACACUGGGCGAUCCUGCGCUCGGGUUUCCCUGGACAAUGGAUGGAGGACAGCCCGUCCCUUCGCCCCCAGUGCCCUUUGGGAACACACUGUCAGAUUCUAGCAUGUCUCUGGAGCAAAAAACCACAUUUGCUUUUGUGAUUUUGCUGUUUAUUUUCUUGGGUGUCCUCAUCGUCAGGUGCUUCCGGAUUCUUCUGGACCCAUAUCGGAGCAUGCCAACCUCGACGUGGACUGACGGACUGGAAGGCCUGGAGAAAGGGCAGUUUGACCAUGCCCUUGCUUAGCAGGGCGAGAGCAGGACCCCCUACUGAGGAGGGGAACUGCUUCAUGUCUUGGCAAGGAACUCUCUAUCGUCAAUGUUCUCAACAAAUAAUCAAGUUUUAGUGACAUCUGGUCCUAAGACCACAACCCAUUUCUCAGUAAACAUGCUGUUGGGUUAAGACAUUUGAGCAUAUUGGAAAUGGAGACUUAUAUUACCAACCCAAAAUAGAAAGGUUUCAAUUUCUGUGUUUACUCAAUGAAUGAAUGUUGUCCCAUGUGGGAUGGUGAAACCAAGAGCAUCGAUGCUGACAUAAACUUUGCCAUAAAACUUUGAAGCACUAUCCGACCUGAUCAGAGAAUAAAGACUAGAAAGGGUCGGACCUGAAUCUGGUGACAGGGCCAAGAAGAGGCUUCCUUGCUUUAAUCGUGUCCCUCACAUUAUUUUAUUUUCAUGGACAUCAGGGUCCCAGGCAGAGAGUGAGGAAGAUUAUGCUGAGUGGACCAAAGGCAGGUACUUGUUUUUGCCUAAAGCAAGGAGUAUGGGGAGGCCAUGGGAGGGCUGAGAAGACCUGGUUCCAUCCUGGGAAAAUAUUGAGGAUGAUAUUUUAUUUUUAAAAUAAAACUGAGUUCAAAGGCUUAUAGAGGUUUAAAACUAUUUACCAGGCCAGGUACAUUCUAUAUAUUCAUAUUAAUAACAUGUAUAGAGGUAGCUAUACAUAACCUGAAUUUACUUUCUUUAUACAAAUAACUGAAAUAAUAGGUUAGAAGGGCAGCUUCAAGUUGUGGGGGUUUUGUGUG